AUGAUUGUCAGGACCCUGCUAUUAUUGUCUGCGGCUUGUCUAGCCGCCGUUUCGGCUGACUGCGUCGAUAAGAAGACCAACGUCGUCCGAGUCAUUGAUGGGAGUAUGUAUUCAAGUCUCAUGGAUAAGAUAAAUCCUCAUUGUUCGCAAGAAUCACUGAUAACCUUUCAUUGUUUUAGCAAACGGACUGCCGAUUACCACUCAAGAUGGUGCUGCCAGCACCUACGAUUCGAAAAGCCAGCCCAGCUGUCAUGGAAACGAGCCCGAUGUAAAGUUCCCGGGAUCUGUGAGGGCGCUCAGCGGAUUUGUCAAAGUCUCCAAGCCUUUGAAGCUGGUUGAUAACAGCCGGGUUUUGCUGACGCUGAAGAAAAACUCGUUCAUGAUUGGCACCGUCUGUGAGAACGGAAGGUCCAGACACGUUGGAAUCCCUAGCAAGUAUUGGUGAGUUCAUAUUGGCUGGCCUUGUUCGAGAAGCGGGUUACGCAACGAUGGGUUGAUCGUCAGAUUUAGAAGCUUUUCAGUGCCGUUUUAUCAUCACAUAUCGUAGUUCUAGGAAAAAUUUUUACGUUGCAAAAAUUGAAGCAAACAUUAAUAAACAUUUGUCUGCUUCCUUGUCAGACGUCUUUACCGAGUAUGGUCUAAAAAUGCCGAAAAUGAUUGGGAGAAAUCCGUGCAACUGGGGUACCUUGUCCAUAGCCUUAGGACUUCUUCAACGUCAUUUUAUUCUUUUCAAUUUCCAGCCAACCAGAGCCCUGCAAAUUCGCCGCCGGCCUAUGUACUUUGCUCGAAAAGCCCGGCACCUACGAUCUCUCUCAACUCGAGGAAUCCAUUGGAAUCAACGGCACCCUCGCUCUCCCCAAACUGCCUCCAGCUCUCAAAGGCAUUAUCAAGGGCGAAUGGAAAGUGGAGGGCAAACUUCUUGUGGACAAUCAGGUCGUUGCUCAUAUCAAAGUUCCCCAAGGAAACGGCUGGAUAUAUUUGGAAGAGGAAUAA